AUGUUGUUUCUUCUCAUCGUUGUUCUCAUUACGGUAUUAUUUGUUUACCUGAAACUGAAAUAUUUUACUUUGCGUGGUUCCAUACCAGGCAAAUCACCAAAUUUUCUCGUCGGUAAUCUUUUACAAACAGGCUUUUUCAACGGUCGGUAUCUUGGAGAUAUUGUCAAAGAAUUUCAAACUAAAUAUGGUGAUACUUUCCAAUUUUGGGCUGGUCCGAAUCGAAUGAUCUUCGUUUGCAAUCCAGACGAUGUUCAACAUAUAUUUAAACAUCGACAAAUCUACGAACAAGGAAAGUUAGAAGUCGAUCAUCAUCGACUUCUGUUCAAAGAUGCACUUAUUUGCAAUACAGGUACGCCUUUUUCAAGAGAUGAUUUAUUGAAUUUAGUUGUACAUACGUCUCUAGGAUCAAAAUAUAAACGACAUGCUUCUAUUAUUUUACCGUUGUUUCGCCGUGCGAAAAUAGUUAACAAUAUAGAUAUUAUCAUUGAUUGUACGGAUAAACUGCUCGAUCAAUGGCGCACAAAAUUCGAUCACAAUCCCAAUCAUAUCUAUACUGACAUUGUAGAUCAAUGCCAAAAUUUAUCAUUGGUCAUUUUUGGUUUUAUUGGUUUUGAUUAUGAUUUACAAACAUUAGAAGAAUCUCAUAUGAGCAAGAACAACAGACUUCGGCAAGCUUUAAAGGAUUUUUUAUAUGUGUUUAUAUUUACUAUUCCAUUGCCAACAUCGAUUGCGAAAUUGUAUUUGAAAGUUAGCUCCAGAUACCGAAGAGCAAUAGUGGCGAUCAACAGUUAUUUGAAUGAAAUGGUAGAACAAGAACAACGAAAAACAGAAGAACAGAUAAUGGAAAGGAAACGAACGAGUUUAAUUGCUUCCUUGGUUGAUUCAUUACAGGUAGACGAAGCAGCUGAAUCUUUAAAACUGGAACAUGAAAAAAAGGGGCUAUCGCACACCGAAGUAUUUCAUGAGAUGUUGUUAUUCCUUGUUUCCGGGUCUGAGACAACUGGCAGUGCACUUGCUUGGUUUAUCUUUUUUAUGAGUAAGAAUCUUCGUGUACAAGCAAAACUCAAAGCCGAACUUGGUAACGAUAUCCAGAACCGUUUGACUGCUGAUCAAAUCGAAUCGUUCGCGUACUUAGAUUGUGUUAUCCAAGAAGUUCUUCGAUUUAUUCCACCUAUUGUUGGAACUACUCGAACGUUGACAAUGAAUGACAGGUUACCUAUCAGUGACGUUCAAUUGUGUGAAGGUGACGAAAUAUUUAUUCCAUUGAAUAUUGGUAGUCGAGAUGAGCGUUUCUGGAAAAUUGAUCCCAACUUAUUCUAUCCUGAGCGUUUCCUCAACGAAGAUAAAGAUCAUCAUCCGUACGCAAUGAUUCCAUUUGGUGGUGGUCAUCGACAAUGUAUUGGGCAGGAUCUUGCUCGAUUUGAAUUAAAAGUGAUUAUAACACGAUUGAUGCAGCGAGUCACGUUUGGUGACGGAGGUUCACAACUGAACUCCGGUGGAUAUGUUCUGAAAUUAGCGAUUGUUCCAAAACAUACUGGAAUUACCAUCAUAUUUGACUAA